AUGACUCAAAACUCUGAAAAAAUAAUUAGAUAUCUGCGAUCUGAUGCAACUCCUUUAUCAGAUGAUAAUAUACAAGAUAUCAUUAAUGCCAGAAAUUCGAUGAAACGUGCGUCAGAAGCUAUGGCUAUCAAAUAUAAAAUAUCAACAAGGCGCGUAUAUCAAAUAUGGAGAGAAACCCAUCCUCCAAUAGAUCCUAGGGAAGUGAUGUUGCAAUCAAAUAUUGGCGGAGACAAUACAGUUAAUAAAACUGAUAUGAGCAUGAAAACUCGAUCCAUAAAUCACAUUACACAUUCUGUAGAGCGGAGCUCAUGCCAAGACAUAGAAACACCUAUAGUUACUUCGGUUAUACAAAUAAAGAGAAAAAAACUGAGAUCUAAGGCUAAUCGAAUUUCUGACCCAUCUAAUAUUGUCCCGGGGGGUCACACAUUAGAUAAAGAAUAUGAACGUAAAUCAGAAAGGAUUUUAGCCACGAAGUGA